AUGCAACUACAAACUAAAUCAAUCUAUGUCCACAUAGGCAAAAAGAUCCCCAAACUCCCGGCGGAUGCCAGCGUCUACCUCCAAGGCAGCGGCAGCAUCCUAUAUCAGCAGAUUGCCUCCAAAUCUGGCUUCCCCGUGCACCGCCUGCGCAUUACCAAGGCCGACGAUGGCAAGCUGGUGCCCAAUGAUGUCAGGGUGUCCAUUGACAGUACAGGCCUCAGGGCUGGAGAUGUGAUUCAAGUGAAGGAUCUGGGCCCGCAAAUUGCCUGGCGAACGGUAUUCAUCAUCGAAUACGGCGGCCCGCUACUGAUCCAUCCGCUCUUCUACCUCCUCCGACCCUACAUCUACUCCCACGCCCCCGCGCAGCCCUCCACCCUGCAAACCCUGUCGUGCGUGCUCAUCACCCUCCACUUCCUCAAACGCGAGCUGGAAACCAUGUUCGUGCAUCGCUUCAGCAACGCGACCAUGCCGGCGAGCAACAUUUUCAAAAACUCCGCACACUACUGGAUAUUGUCGGGGCUGCUCAUCGCGUACUUCACCUAUUCGCCCACGUCGAUUACGGCCGGGCCGAGCAAUCCGGCAAUUACAUAUCCCGCCCUCGCGUUGUACGCCAUUGGCGAGCUGGGCAACCUCAAUGCCCACCUGGUGCUGCGAUCGCUACGCUCUCCCGGGGGCACGGAAAGAGGCGUGCCGAAGGGGCUGGGGUUCGACUGGGUAACAUGUCCGAAUUACUUGUUUGAGACUCUGGCGUGGCUGUCCAUCCUGUUGGUCAACCAGUCGUGGACAACGGCGGUGUUCAUUGUCGUGGCGGUUGGGCAGAUGGCGAUUUGGGCGAAGAAGAAGGAGAGCCGGUAUCGCAAAGAGCUUGGGACGAAGUACAAGAAGAAGCGGUUCGCCAUGCUCCCUGGGGUGUGGUGA